CUCGGCGGUACUGUAUCUCAAGCCUGAAUCGCUAGACUAAAAUCGUAUAUUUAGCUCUUUUUAAAAGGAAAUUAGGUAUCUGUGUGUAUACUAACGUAUAGUCGAAGUCGUGCUUGUAAGCAGCGUUAAGGGGAAACAUUGCAGUUUUUAUUAAACCCCACAUUCCCCAAUGUUUAGUGUAGAUUAGCAUUGCUAAGCUAAAGCAGAGCGAGACUGAGAGAGAGAGAGAGUGAUGGCGUUCCCCGAGCCCCGGCCGCAGCCUCUCCGUCUCCCGCAGCACCUUCUCCGGACUGUAGAGUGUCAACAAGCCGCUGUCAGAGCCGUGCGCUUCAACGCUGAUGGGAACUACUUUCUGACGUGCGGCGGCGAUAAAAGCCUGAAGCUGUGGAGCGCAAGCCGAGGAGCGCUGCUGAAGACGUACAGCGGCCACGGCUACGAGGUGCUGGAUGCAGACGGCUCUUUUGAUAACAGCCAGCUGUGUUCGUGCAGCGCUGACAAGACGGUGAUCCUGUGGGACGUAGGGACCGGGCAGGUCACCCGCAAACUCCGUGGUCACGCAGGGAGGGUAAACUGCGUGCGAUUUAAUGAAGAGGCCACUGUAAUGCUCUCAGGUUCUAUAGACGGCACAGUGCGUUGCUGGGACACUCGGUCCAGAAAGAUGGAUUCGAUUCAGACUCUGGACGAGGCACGAGACGGCAUCAGCAGCCUGAAAGUGGUGGAGCACGAGCUGCUGACUGGUUCUGUGGACGGGCGGGUGAGACGAUACGACCUGCGGAUGGGACAACUGCAUGUCGACUACGUUGCCAGUCCGAUCACAUGUGUGUGUUUCAGUCAGGACGGUCAGUGCACCUUGAGCUCCAGUCUGGAUGCCUCUGUGCGUCUGCUGGACAAGAGCACAGGAGAGCUGCUGGGAGAAUACACAGGACACCAGAAUAAAGACUACAAGCUGGACUGCUGUCUGUCUGAGAAAGACACACACGUGCUGAGCUGCUCCGAGGACGGUCACGUGUACUUCUGGGACCUGGUGGAGGGCUCAUUAACGCUUAAGCUGCCUGUCGGGAAAGCCGUCGUCCAGUCGCUGUCCUUUCACCCCACAGAGCCUCGCUUACUGACAGCCAUGGAGGGACGUGUCCAGAUCUGGGGGGCGGAGCCAGAGGAAACGGAUACGGCGGAGUGAAGCAUGCCGACGCAGGAGCAGGCGGAGGCGGACAGCUUCUCGAUUUUGUGCCAGCGGUGGGAGUUGUCGAGGAAAGCCAUGUCCUCAUGGCGCGUGGGGCGGCAGCAUGGCGUGUGGUGCCAGGUCUCAGUGGGGGGCAAAGCGCCACUUAAGCGCAGAUUGGUGAGGGUGAGCUCGUGGUUGGAGGGCACACGUGGACACGCACCGCUGCAGUAUUUAAACAGCACCAUUUCGUCCGAGUCGUACCCAAGGCCGAGGUCUCGCACCUGCAACACAAACGUAUUAAGGAUGUUAGGGUGCCAGUAGUGUAUGAUUGGACAGAUACCUCACUGCUGAGGUUCCUAACGUUAUCAUAUGUGACGGCUGACGAACACACAGAUGAAGACGACUGAAAGUAAAUUAAAACCAAAAUUAAAUUUAAUGUUGGCUGCUGCUCAUUUUGGCUUUUCUUAAGAUCACUUUGUCUUUUAGCUUAUAAAUAUAAUUUUUUAUAAAAAAAAAAAAAUGUAAUUACAGGAUUUAAACUUUUUAUUAUAUAAAAAGUGUUGUGCAAAAAGACUUUAAAACGUUUAAAAAGAUUUUAUAAUAAAUAUCUUCUUUACUUUUCCUCUUUUUAGAAAUACCUGAUUGGUUCUGUGGAAAAAUUAUAUUUUUGGUCAAUAUGAUCAUGUGUGAAAUGAAGAAAAAAAACCUGCUGUAGUUUAUUUUGAAUGUUAUCAGUUUUUUUUUCUCCUUUAAAAAAAAAAUGUAUGCAGUCUGAUGUGAUGUCUCGAACCUGCAAUAAAAUGGAAUGCAGUCCACACGGGCCCUCUGCGCUGCGGGGUGAACGUAGCACUCUUCCUUCCCAGUAUCUUCCCGAUCCCUCCUGCUCCUUUUGAUCUUCUUCUCUUCCUUCUGUCCUAGUCUCAUCUGCGUGGCCAGAUUCGGAGGAAGUGGCUUGUUCCUUUAUACCUGACGCUAAAAAGUAUGGGAGCAUAUAGAUCUUAGUAUACACACACUAUAUAAUCUAGGAUCUGUUGUAUGACACAAGAACUCCUCUAAUCAUUUUUAAAAGUAUUAUAUAAUAGUACAAUAAUUAUUAUUAAGGUGUAUUAAGUCUAUUUUUGUUAUUUA